CAUUGCUUCGUAUCCCGCUUUACUUCAUACACCAGACUCCGGAGAUUAUCAAGACACCAGGCGGCUGAUGCACUAUGCACGAGCGUAGUUUGGAGGCCAGCCUAGCCCAGGACGGAUAAGCGUAGUCCAGUAAUAUGUGCAAGCUCAUUUAGCUCGGCACGAUUUAUUCUCAGGGCACGACCCGUGGAAUAAUGGUACAAACCGUGCUGUGCACGCUGGAACACGCCCCGGAGUAAAGCCAGAAGAGAAAGGGAGCAUCCAUUGGGGAGAGCAAACACCGAUCUGUUGCGAUGGCGACGCUGUGGGCCGUUUCGUGCCUUUCUUCAGCCAUACUUCUCACCUUCACAGCCCAGGUAUCAGGCCAAUGUCCAGCGCCGAAGCUCAAUAAGUUCUCCUACGGGGACAUCCAGCCGGAUGUUUCCGGCUCAUUGUUCUCCGUUGGAUCUAUUAUGAAGGUACAGUGCAUACCAGGCUUCAAGUCGGUCGGUUUCACUACCUUCAACUGUCAGACCAACGGCAAAUGGUCCCCGGUCGCCUUCCCGACUUGCACAAUUCUGUUCUGCGGCAAACCAUCUGGCACAUUGACGGAUGGCUCAUAUACCGGCGAAUUCCAGUUCAACAGCACCAUCACGUACACGUGUUAUACAGGGUAUACACUUAUCGGAGCUGUAGAGCGGCGUUGCAGAGCAAACCAGACAUGGAGUGGCACCACACCAACCUGCAAAAAGACUGUAUGUCCGUCAUCAAGCUGGAUUUCGUAUGCUGGCAACUGCUACUUCCUCAGCAAUGAGUCACUGACAUUCAGUGUCGCGCGUCAGAAAUGCCGGGCAACAUCGGGUGCAGAUCUCAUCUCCAUUCUCACGAUGGCGGAAGCAGAUUUUGUCAAGUCUAAUUUGCAACAGCAAAACUACACUGUUGAGAGGCAGCUGUGGAUUGGACUUACAGACACGGAUGACGAUGGCGGCUAUGAGUGGUACGAGACCGGUGCCGUCCUGGACUUUGCCAACUGGGACUGUGGCCAGCCAGGCUCCGGUAGUUCUGCAUACGAUUGCGGUACCGUCUAUGCGGGAUCCUCUAAGGUUGGAAAGUGGGGUGACAGCUCUUGUUCCUCUGCCAUCGGCGGCUAUGUGUGCAAGUAUGGAAAAAAUCCAGUUGUACAUUUGGUGAACAGCCACUGCCCGUAUGGGUGGUAUGCCCUUGAGAACAAGUGCUUUAAGUUCGAGAUGACAGCCCCGCCGCAAAGCUGGACUGACGCCAACAAGAUGUGCAAGUCCAAGUACAACGGAACUCUGAUGAGCGCUAGCGAUCCCAAACAGAUGGACGUCUUAUUGACCUACAUCAGUCAGUUCUACCCUCUCACCAGCAAGGCAGUGUGGAUGGGACUGCGCCAGGUACAGAACAAACACAGUCCAUGGACAUGGACCGAUCUUACCUGUAGCAAGUACGCCAACUGGGGAUGCGGUGAACCCAACAGCGCUGGAUGGCAGGGUGAAGACUGCAUGUCAAUUGGCUUCGGCAAGACGAACAGAAAUGCCGGCCGAUGGAACGAUGCCGACUGCAACGGCAGAAAGCAGUAUGCUUGCGAGAUUCCCUUCUCCUUCAAAACUUUGUCAAGUGUGUCCAACCCAACAUGUGAUGAAACCGGCAUAAAAUGCCCAGCAGGCUGGUUGCAAAACGGCCGAAGUUGCUACUACUUUGAGACAAACGACAGAGUUAGCUGGUCCACAGCUGUCAAUAUUUGCAACCUCAAGAACGGUGCUUCUCUACUCAGCAUCAGUGAUUCCACAGAGCAAGCAUUCAUCACGAGUGCUGUCACAAAUCUAGGAUUGAUGAGCGAGAAGAAGCUUUGGAUUGGUAUGAACUUGGACGCCUCCUAUUACCAAUUUACCUGGCCUGAUGGUACUGUGCCACUGUAUCGCAACUGGGACUGUGAAUUCAUCAAAGGCAGCAGCCCAUGGUAUCGCAACUGUGUUUACCUGUUUGCUGGAGCCCGCGCGUCUGGACGGCGUGAUGGCUACUGGGGCGCAGACCUCUGCUUCUACUACAAUCAGGACGGCUACAUCUGUGAAUCAACAAUCCCACAGGCAGUUGUUCCCAAGUACAAUCAGGGCAUUUGCGAGUCUGGCUGGAUCCAGAGUGGCCGCACCUGCUUGUAUCCUGCGACGAAAAGCUCCGACAAGCUACCCUGGUUCAGUGCCAGAGCUGAGUGUCAGAAGCUCGGUGGAGACCUGGCUAUAACCAAGACGAAGGAGGAGAACGGCUUUGUCGUGGACUAUAUUGCAGCCAAUGAGCCAACGUUCGACCAGCCUAUUUGGAUUGGUCUCUUUGUACAGUACCCGGUGGGUACGGCAAACAACCAGACCUUUUACUGGGUUGACAACAGCACGCUGACGUCCUACCCAUACCACCAUUGGGGUUGUAGUGAGCCCAACAACUACGGGGGCAACGAGCACUGCGGUGGAAUAGUAACUAGACUUGGCAAUGAGAUGUCGUCAUUUUGGUUUGAUUACUACUGUGACUUGAAGUUCAACUACCUAUGCAGCAAACCAGCAUCGAAAGUGAGUCCUUGCAAGGAUGGCUGGCUAUGGAACAAGGAGAGCAGCAGCUGCUACUAUGUGGAGACAAACCGUGCGGUGAACUUCACCAUGGCAAUGAGUGAUUGCACUGCUAUGGGUGCUAUGAUGGUCACGGUACUGGACGCUACUGAGCAGAAGUUUCUCACCAGCUCACUGCUGAAGAUGAAAAUCCCUCUGGGCAUGAACCUGUGGAUUGGCUUGAACGACUCCGAUGCCAACAAGGUGUAUGCUUGGAAUGACGGUACUCGACCAUUCUACAAUAACUUCCAGUGUGGCCAGCCUGGCAAUGGAGGUGUACGUGCGUGUGCCACAAUGUAUGCAGGAGGAAAGGGCACAGGCCUGUGGAUUGACUUGGACUGCGGCACAAACCUGGGCUAUAUCUGCAAGACUCCUGGACCAGGCCUCAAACAACUGUACCCGCUUGUGAAAGGAAAGUGCCCUACGGGUUGGUACCAGUACCGCAAUGAGUGCUACUGGUUUGAGUUCACACAGCAAAAGAGCUACACAUCGGCUCAAACUGACUGCAAGACACUGAACUCAAAUGCAACACUUGCCAUAAUCCCAGAUGAUGGGGUUCUGGACUUUUUCCUGCACUACAUGUACCAGACCUACCCAACAUCAAACAAGAAUAUGUACAUUGGCCUGCGGAAGGCAAGAGAUUUCAGUGCGUUUGAAUGGGAAGACGGUAGCUGCAACAAGUACACGCGCUGGGGAUGUGGAGAGCCAAACAACUGGGGAAAUGGCGAGAAUUGUGGUGUGUUCGGCGUGGGAGACACCAAUCACAAUUCGGCCAAGAUCAUCGACGAUGACUGCAGCAAGAACCAGCACUUUGUGUGUCAGAUGCCUGUUCCUGGAACAACAGCACCAAGAGUGCAAUGCAAUGUUCAACCAUGUGAACGAGGCUGGGCCUAUUUCCGUGGUAGCUGUUACCACAUCAACAUUGGCACGGGAACUGUCAACUUUGAUGAUGCCAGCAACUGGUGCUUGGCAAACCGUGCAGAGCUGGCAUCAGUGACGGACAAUGACGUCAACGACUUCCUUGCCACUCAACUGAGAUCGCACCGGCUGAAAUCCGGAUCCUCACUUUGGAUUGGCUGGAGGCAAGACGAGAGUACAUGGCCAGAUGGCACGCCUAACCUGUUCCGUAACUGGGAGUGUGGCUUUGCAGCAUCGGCCUCGCGGUGGAGCAGGAACUGUGGUUUCAUGUUUGGCGGUGCCAGCUCCACUGUGCUCGGAAAGUGGGGCUAUGAUAAUUGUCAUAGCUGGAUCAAGAAGGACGGUUACAUCUGCCAGCGCCGCACACCAAAAACGAAGGCCGUUGAUUACUAUCCCAAAUCCACCCAGGGUGUGUGUGAGAAGGGCUGGGUUGAGAUGGGCAACAUGUGCUACCUCUUCAAGUAUGCUACCACCGACAAGGCCAACCACACUGGCGCUCUUCGUAACUGUAUCGCCCAGGGCGGCCUUCUCGCUAGUCUGAGUACCAAGGCACAGAACACCAUGUUUAUGAAGUACAUGAUGAGUCAGCAGUCCACAUUCCAGGAUCCUAUCUGGUUUGGCCUAUUUCAGAAGACGCCAACCGAUCCGUUCCGCUGGGAGGACGGCAGCAAGCUGACCUACACAAACUGGGGUUGCGGGGAGCCAAACAAUGACCUUGGCAUAGAGGACUGCAUGGCCUCCAUGGGCACUGCAUCCUUCUGGUCGUCCAUGUGGAAUGAUGACAAGUGUGCAUCCUUACACAACUAUAUCUGCCAGAAGGCUAAACCUUCCACUCACCCUUGCCCACCAGGCUUCUUCCAGAAUCACGCCAGUUGCUAUUACUUUGCAUUGAACGCCUCAGCAGAUCAUGCCACAGCUGAAAGUCAGUGUGUCGGGCUGAAAUCCAACCUUGUAAUGAUCCGCGACCGUGUGGAACAGUACUUCCUGGAGUCAAUCAUAGCCAACCUGGGUGCAGAAUACCCGAGCACAGCACAGCACUACUGGAUCGGGCUGGAAGACCAUGAUGCUGACAACAUCUACACGUGGAUGGACAGUUCCAAUGCCUUCUACAAGAACUGGAAGUGCGGUUCGCCCUCUUCCGGUGGCCGACAGGCCUGUGCCACAUUUGAGAACUCACUGGCAUCAACUACCGGCAAGUGGGAUGACUCAAACUGCAACGCAAUUCAAAAAGGCUACAUUUGUGAAACGCACAUCGGUGGAAAUGAGACAUUCCUAUCCACCGUACAAGGUGGCUGCGGUGCUGGAUGGGUUGAAAACGAUGGUAUGUGCUAUCAGUUCAAAGUGGAGACGGCCGACAAGUCCACGUACAAGGAAGCCGACAAGCAGUGCACCAACACCAAUUCACAGCUGCUGACCGUACACAGCGAUAACACACACCAGUUCAUCACCCACUACAUAACACAGAAGAAGAGCAGCUUCGAUGGUGCAGUAUGGCUGUCUUUGACCAAGCUGCAAGGCAAUCGUUACAGUGCUUUCCACUGGAAGGAUGGCAAGUGUCUCCACUAUCAGCAAUGGGGUUGCAACGAGCCCAAUGACUCUGGGUCUGGCGAGAACUGUGGUGUUAUCCGAAUUGGUGGCAGCAUCACCAAAAGUGGCACGUGGAAUGAUGAAAGCUGCAGCUGGUCGUUCAACUACAUUUGUGAAAAGCCAAUGCCAGUCAAUACUACCGGACUAAACACAUCAGUAGUACUACCUCCAACUCUACCUGGGUCUCCAUCUUCUACUUGCUCAUACUCUGUUCAGUGUCCAGCUGGUUGGAUGAAGUUCGGCGAGAGCUGUUUCUGGGCGACAACCAACACCAAGGUAACCUUUAGCACUGCCGCAAAGGACUGUCAGCGCCGGGGUGGUUCACUAGUUAGCGCAGCUGAUGCUACACAACAAACUCUGUUGCGUACGUUCAUGGGAAAGUUGAAUGUCACCGGCAGCAAGAAGCUGUGGAUCGGCUUGAACGACUACGACUACAGCGGCAGUUACAUCUGGCCCGACGGCUCGCCGGCCUUUUACCGUUACUGGAACUGCAGCAGGCGUGGCAGUGGCAAGUGCAUCUAUGCUGACUCCAGCACUGGCCAAUGGGGUCGCACGUUGUGCAGCUCGACUUCCAACGACGGCUAUGUUUGCCAGUGGUCUACUGCAAAGAAACAAUUCACACCACAGACAUUCGAACAGGGAAUUUGUCCAUCUGGCUGGUACCAGCUAAAUCACCUCUGCUAUAAUUUCGAGAUGAAGAAGAAGGCCUACCAUACUGGUGCACUUGCGGCUUGUAGUGCCAUUAACGGUACCCUGGUGACUGUGGAUAGCUCUGGUGUACAGAGCUACAUAAACCAUUACUUCUUGCAGAAAGAGCCAACAUACAACGGCGAAGCCUGGAUUGGCGUUCAUCAGUCCACACGUCAUGCACCAUGGUUGUGGGCGGAUGGCUCCAACACAAGCUCCUACACCAACUGGGGAUGCACAGAACCCAAUGAUUUCGGCAGGAGCGGAGAAGACUGCGGAACACUUCGCUAUGGCGCGAAAUUUGACAGCUCUGGACUUUGGAAUGAUGAUUCAUGUACCACCAAGGAAGCAAACUACAUCUGCCAGCAGCCAGUGCCACAAUUGACUCCUUGCUUCUACGGUUGGGAGUACAACGCGGCGUCUGAUGCGUGUGUAAUGAUCAACUCCGUGCAAAAUCUCACCUUCUCCCAAGCGGAGACAAUGUGCAAGACAGCAUGGCCCGGUGCAGAUCUAGCCUCUAUUGAAGAUCCGCAGGAGAAUGAUUUCGUCAUCGGCCUCAUCAAGGCCAAGAAGCUGCCGACCAACUCUAAGCUGUGGAUAGGCCUGACAGACACGGACAAGGAUAACUACUACACUUGGCAGGACGGACAGCGCAAUCAGUUCAGCAACUUUGACUGCAACAUAUAUUGGGGGACCGGCCGCCAACCGUGUGUCUACGCCAACGAGAUGGGUGUCUGGACCCCGCAGGAUUGCAGCUCGAAAACCACCGGAUUCAUCUGCAAAUACAGUGUUCCCAAGGCGGAUGAGACAAAUGUUUACAGACUAGACCAGGGUAAUUGCACAACGGGUUUCUACGAGUUCCGCGGGCUAUGCUGGUUUUUCCAAGACAAGAACGUAAGCGACUUUGACACAUCCCAGGCAGACUGUCUGUCUAAGGGAGGCAACUUGGCUUCGAUUCGUGACUCGUACGAUUCCAGUUUCAUUGUACGAUAUCAAGCAAAAAUGGUUCCUCUCAACCAUUUUAACAGGGUCACCAUUGGCUACAAGAAGACCUCGAACCUGUUUGGCCAGUUCUACUGGCAAGACGAAUCCUGCCCAAAUUACAACAGCUGGGGCUGUGGCGAGCCAGACAAUUUUGGUACGAGUGGUGAACCUUGCGCCCUGUAUCAGUUCGGCGGUGAAACAGGUGUGGUCAGCUUCACUGGGAAGUGGAGUGAUUACGACUGCAAGGGAAAAAUAAACUACAUUUGCCAAGUGCCUCUGGCCAACCUUACCACACCAUCUACUCUCUGUGCAGAUAUCAAGUGCAAUCCUGGGUGGGUGUCCUGGAGAGGUAACUGCUACAAAUUUGUCACCAACGACUCACGAAACUGGCCUUCAGCCUACGAGAAGUGUCUGAAGAUGAACUCAGCGCUGCUUAGCAUAUCAGACUUCACAGAGGAGGCAUGGGUUUUGCAACAGCUGGAGAAGUUCAAUUUACUGGCAGAGAAGAAGCUCUGGAUCGGCUUGAAUGACCAAAAGUCCCAAGGGUACCGCUGGCCAGACGACACUGCUGCAUUCUACCGUAACUGGGACUGUGAUGCGUAUGCAAACUCGGCCAAGCAGUGCGUCUACAUCUUUGCCGGUUUCCGUAAGGUGGGCAAACAACGUACCGGAAAGUGGGGCGCGGAUUCCUGUUCCAGCUGGAGUACUGGCUACAUCUGCGAAUCAUCCCCAGCCAGUGCCAUGGGCCAUAUUCCACUUGUCACUCAAGGCUCUUGCGAUCCAGGUUGGGUAUGGUUCCAAAAACGCUGCUACUAUUUCUCCCAGGACAAGGUGACCUUCCCAACCGCCCAGGGCAAUUGCAGCGUCUUUAACGCCCGGCUUGGGGUCAUAAAUACGCAAGCCAAGAACAACUUUGUUUUGCACUACAUGAUCCGCAACUGGUCCAACUUCACAGGGUAUGGCUUCUGGAUUGGCCUUCACCAGGCCAAGCCCACCGAUCCAUUCACUUGGGUUAACAGCACUGAGCCAGUCGUCUACACCAACUACAACUGUGGCGAGCCUAAUAAUGCGGGUGGCAGUGAGGACUGCAUUGAGUUUUGGAUCUCAAGAUUUUCCUUCAAAUCAGCCGGCUGGAACGAUAGCCCGUGUACUCACUCAACUCAUUACAUCUGUGACAAGGUGGCACCGCCAAUGCCAACUAAGCCAAGUGGCGCUCACGUUCUCGGACCAGUAACAACUCUUGUCAAUGAAUUUCAGUCAGCUUCAUUCAUCUGCAAUGCCAGUGGAUAUCCUGCUCCGGAUAUAUCCUGGUAUCAUAAUGGCACGCUUCUGAUCAACUCCUCGGAAGUAACCAUCUCAUCCACUACGUUCAGUGUUUUCACAACAUCUGUGCUGCUAUUGGCAAAUGUAACUAACGAGAGCAAUCAAGGCUUUUACAUGUGUCAAGCCAGGAAUAUUUUGGGUUCUAAUACCAGUAACACGGCCGAGCUGAUCGUGUUUGUUCCUGUCAUUCAGGUAACGCCGCUAGCAAGUCAGAAUGUGUCAGAAGGUGUCACUGUUCAAUUUGAAUAUGGUGUAUAUGGUGUCCCGACUCCAAGAAUAACAUGGUUCAAGGAUGGAAAGAUUCUGAGUUUGUCAGACCGCGUCAAUAUGGCAAACAAUAAUAUGACUUUGAUAAUGGUCAACGUCCAGUUUGGUGAUCGAGGUUCAUAUCAUUGCGUGUCUGACAAUCGAAACAGCGUCAAUCUAGAUCUUGGAGGGGUUCAGAAUAGCACAGCAGCCAAUCUUGAUGUGAACACUCACCCAAUGCUCCUCUCAGCCCAAGCAUCGUCCAGAGUCUUCCUUCUCGAUGAGAUGAAUGUUACAUGUAGUUAUGCCGGCUUCCCGUUGCCUGAUAUCAUGAUAAGUGCACCAGGUCUUACUUCUAUGCAGGUUACAGCUAUGACUACAUCAAAGACAGGUUACCUAUCCGGUGGUCUCCCAUAUCGUACAACAACAUUGAUCAUCACAAACUCAAGGAUAUCGAAUAAUGGCACCUACUCAUGCACUGGAUCAACACCGUUGGGUCAAGAAUCCAAAUCACUCUUUGUUUUGGUCGUUGUCAAAGAUAACGGUCAACCUCCAAGAGCAGCUGCAGUGAACGGAAACAUUACUGCCAUACAGAACGAGCCGUUCACACUGUCGGUUAACCUUCUAGAUCCUGGAGCACCAGCUGUCACGAAAUCUGGAAUUUCCUGGUUAAAGGCUGGAAGCACGGCCUGGUCAACUUCUGUUGACCGCUAUCAGUCCUCGGAUCAUCUUAAAGUUAGAAUACCAAGUGCCGGAUACCAAGAUGAGGGCCAAUAUAUUGUGUCUCUAGGCAACUCGGCUGGUUCGGUGGAUGUUUCCUUCUUUGUAACAUAUGAAGAGAGGCCCGAUGUGUUACUUGCACCAAGCACUGCUCGAGUGAAUCAGUUCUCCACUGCAGCACUAAUUUGCAUCGGAACAGGGAAACCGAAGCCGAAUGUAUAUUGGCGAAAAAAUGGGACCAGGUUUAAAACUCUUCAAUCUGUUUCUCAAUAUACCGAUGCGAACAUAAUCAAGCGGGGAAGCUUUGCUGUGAAAUCAACUCUUACAAUCCCAUCUGUAAAGAACAAUGUUGACCAAGGCCAGUAUGAAUGUGUCGUCGAGAAUAUCCACCAACCAAAUGCCAAGGCCUCGGCAUAUGUAUUUGUCUACGUGCCACCUGUACUCCUGUCCCAAACACCUGACCUGUCUGCUCUUGCUGGAAAGACAGUGACUCUCGUUUGCCAAGCCUUUGGCAUACCGAAGCCCAUAAUAACAUGGUUCAUGAAUGGAGUGCUGCUUCAACAAGAUGAUCUGGUAGGUAGAGUGUCGUUCUACCAAGGAGACCACAUCUUGACAAUCUACAGAGCAGAGGUAACAGACAGUAACGACUAUCAUUGCCGGGCAAGCAAUGAGGAUAAAUACGCUGGUGGCGAGAUUACGGGAAAUCCAGCAAUGUUGGAUGUCGAAGCUGCACCAUCUAUCAAUCCUCCAAUACCGAAAACUCUGGUCUCCUUCGAAGGAUCGUCAUUAUCUGUUUCUUGCCUUUACACUGGACAUCCAAAACCGACGGCACGGUGGUGUUACCUGCGAGACGGUAUGUGCAUUGCAGAACCACCAGCUUGUCCUGGACUCACUACUGCCGAAGCCGACAACACUUCUCUGGUGCUAACCAUACCGACAUUGCGCCAGUGCAACAAUGGUGUGUAUGUGUGCACAGUAAAUAACUCAGUGGGCAGCACCACAGCACAGUCUGUGCUAAGAGUACAAGGUGUUGCUCAUAUCGGUGUUCGAGGUGAGUUCUCGUUGGCAGGUGGCCAAGUUCCAGUUGGUCACGAUCAGAUUCAAGCUCUGUUCGAUGAACAGGUGACUUCAAUUUUGUUUCCAGGACGUGUUGAAGUCGAGUUUUUCCGGAGCACAUAUGAACAGCGGCAAAGCCGUCUGGAGGUGAUGGCCGACAUGACUGCAUCAGCUGGCUACAUCGCAGAGAUAUCGGGCAACAACAGCGUCACCAACUUGCAAUCAAACUUCACAGAUGCCUUGCUCAACUCUACAUCCUCCCUCAAGCUUGUUCCGUUGAGUCUGAAGGUAUACGCAUAUGAUAUCUGCAGUCCGGAGGAAACAAAUGAAGGGGAACGAGGAAGGUUAUAUUGGUCUGAAACAUUUAUCAAUGAGAUAAGGACCGAGCCUUGCCCAGUGAUAUUGUUGGACGAUGUCACGCGAUACGCAACCCGAUAUUGCAUGUCUGUGCCACGUCCACAUAACAGCACUUUACAGAUGGCGGAAUGGGCAGAACCAAACGUAGCAGCAUGCCCAACGCCUAACACAGCGAAACUUCAACAGCUCUCCAAGACGGAGUUCAAUACAAGUGUUCCUGAGUCAGUGCUGGACAGCUCUCUAGCUGUCACUAGCCUCACCAAUGAUAGCUCUCUGCUCAACAGUGAUGAUAUCGACUUUGCAGCUACCACCAUAUUCAACUUGGUGUCAGCUGUGAGCAGAGAUGAAGGCUUCGACCAAAUUGUCGGCAAAAAGUUUGCCCGGUCAACACUGGAUUGUGUGGAUAAUAUUCUCAACGUCAAGUCAGAGGAAACAGUAGUAGCAUCACUGCCAGCCAAAAGGAUUGCAAAAUCGAUGGAACGGCUUGUAACAACUCUUGCUGUUGAAGCGGGCGAAACACUACAAGACCAAAAGGAGAACAUUGGAUUUGCAGUAAGCUGCCCAAAAGAGAACGCAAGAAACCAGGUUUUCCGCUCUGCAGGCCAUAUUCCAGGUGGAGGCUUCUACAUAGGGGAGUCCACUUCUCCUGCAUCAGAGAGCAGAUCCAGCGUGGCCUUUGACAUCGCCGCCAGCACAAUCAGCAAAGCGACUGACUUGAUAUCUCUGUCGAACCAGUCACUCUGCAACUUGGCUUCAACACAGUAUAUACUGUACAAAACGUCAGCUCUCUUCCAAGACUCCAAUCUUAGUGUGAACACUUCAGUCAGUUCAGAGAUAAUCUCAGCCCAAGUUGGUGGUGUACGACUGAAUAAUCUGAAACAACCAGCCCUGAUGUCCUUCGAGCUGCUGGCUACAGCAGAUGCUGGUGUGGAUGAUGUCUUUGAGUGUGUCUUCUGGGACUUCGAUAAAGAUGAUGGCAACGGUGGAUGGAGCAACUUGGACUGCAAUACAACACGUGAUGGUGCAAUGUGGAACAGGACCAUUUGCCAGUGCAGUCACCUUACCAACUUUGCUGUGUUGCUUACACGGAAAAUACCACUGGAGAAAACCGCUGCAGUGAUUGGACUGAAAUAUGUGUCCAUGGUCGGCUGUGGAAUAUCCAUGGUCAGCCUUUUGGCCACACUCUUUGUUAUUGCAUAUAUACCGAGACUGCGCAAAGGCGACCACCACCAAAUGAUCUUCGGCCUGUGCCUAACUCUAUUUCUCUUUCUGGCAGUUUUCACAUUCGCACUUUACAACCAGAAGUUGACGGAGAGUGUCGUAGGCUGCAAAUUGGUGGCAGUAGUUUUCCAGGGACAUGUACAUUGGAUGCAACCUUCCUCUACCGGAGCAUUGUGAUUGUGUUUGACCAGUCAGGAUUGAGAGAAAAGCAGCUACUCCGUGCAUCUAUAUUUGUCGUACCAUUCGUUAUUGUUUGUGCGGCUGUGGGUGCAACAAACGCUACUGCAUACGGCGGGGAUGACAUAUGCUGGAUAACCGUUUCCGGAGCGUUUUACGGCACUGUUGUAGCACCAAUGGGAAUGUCACUUCUAUACAACACCUGUAUCCUCGCUGCAGUUGGCUUCUCGUUACGCAACCGGGAAAAGAAAUUGGGCGCAGCGAAGAGUGGCAAGUCCAAGGAGGUAUCAAUUCUUGCCAUAGUCGUCUGCUUGU